GCUGGGCAGGGGAGCAGCGGGACCUCCUCUCACCGUGACCUGCAGGUAGCCACGAUAUUCAUUUGAAUCGCAGAGGAGCAGCCCGUGCAGGAGUGCGAGUGACAGGUGAACAGUGCGCAGCCUGGUGUUCACUGCCAGGAAACACAAGUUAGCUCUUCUGGCGUCAGCGCCAUGGAACUGAGGAGUUAGCUUGGAUGCUAGCUAGGUUGAGGCUCGGCUUCACUUGGAACAGCCAUGUCUCAAUGGGUGUCUGAAGCAGGAGAAUGAGUGCGCGCUGGCGAGGCAGAGGAUGCCACCAUCUUCCACCGGAGACUGCCCCGCUGAACCGAUCGAUUAGCUGACCCGUCAACCGCUGGAGAGCAGCGGGGGGUCGCUGCUACUGCACCCCGGCUUUAUCGUUUCGUCUCGACCCGCUCCUGUAACCCAUGGCGGCUGUUAUCGGGGUCAACAUGCAGUCCCAGCUCGGAGACGUGGCGCUGGCGGGUCCCGGGGGAGCGGGGCUGCCCGCUGGGUCCCUCGCCAACACCUCGGCGUCCUCCAGCCCGACGCCCGCCACCGAUGGUGGAAGGUGUGAGAACGGCGCCCUCAUGGACUCCUUUGGGAUUUUCCUACAGGGACUUCUGGCCAUGAUGGCUUUCAGCACGCUGAUGUUGAAACGCUUCCGGGAGCCAAAACGUGAGAGGAGACCCUGGAGGAUCUGGUUCCUGGAUACCUCAAAACAGGCCAUAGGAAUGUUAUUCAUUCACUUCGCUAAUGUCUACUUGUCAGGCCUCACCGAGGAGGACCCCUGCUCACUAUACCUCAUUAACUUCCUGUUAGAUGCCUCUCUGGGCAUGUUGCUGAUCUAUGCUGGGGUGAGAGCUGUCAGUGCUGUAGUAGAGUGGAGGCAGUGGGAGUCUCUGCGUUUCGGAGAAUAUGGAGAGCCAGUGCAGUGCACAGCAUGGUUGGGCCAGUGUAUCCUCUAUAUCCUCAUCAUGAUGUUUGAGAAAGUCCUCAUCAUGCUGGUCCUCCUCAUUCCCCAGUGGAAAAAGCUGGCUCUCCUCAACCCCAUACAGAAUCCUGACCUGGAACUGGCCAUCGUUAUGCUCAUCGUUCCGUUCUUCGUCAACGCCCUCAUGUUCUGGGUGGUAGAUAAUUUUCUAAUGAAGAAGCACAGGACAAAAGCAAAGCUGGAGGAGAGAGAGGAGGACUCUCGGGGGAACAGUAAGGUGCGCUACAGACGAGCUCUGUCUCAUGAUGACUCGGAGUCAGAGAUCCUUUUCUCAGCAGAUGAUGAAAUGGAUGAGUCAGACGAGGAUGAUGUUCGUCGGUUAAGUGGCCUGAAGACAGUGAAGAAGAAGAAGAAGAAGCUUCGCAUGGGGAUCCCUCCAGGCGAGGUGAAGAAGAAGAAGCGUCCCCCUAUGAAGGAGGAGGACCUGAAAGGAGCACGCAGUAAACUGGGACUGAAGGGCGAGGUCAAGAGUAAGACCUAUGAGGUCAUGGCGGAGUGUGAGCGUAUGGGCAAAGUGGCUCCGUCUGUGUUCAGCGGAGUGAGGUCGGGGACGGAGACGGCCCUGGACAAGCCUACUGCUGCCAAAGCUCCAGGAGCCAGUGUGUUCAGCAAGUAGACACACUGCAGGACAAGAGAGAGAGAGAGAGAGAGCUGUGGAAAACAUACACUGCACUCUUUAAGUGUUUGAUGAUAUGGAUUACAAACAGAGGGGUUUGUCAUAUUUUAGUAGCAGUUAUGGUUUAGAGAUAGUUGCUUAGUGCUGUGGAGUGUGUUGACUUUACUGCUAUGUAAGCAGUUAUUGUACUUUGUAGUUUGAACAGUGCAUCAGACUCUGUAAAUAUUUUUUUAAUGUGGGUCAUGAGCUAUAAAUGGAUUGUAUCAUUUAUUUAUUAACAGAGACUUAGCUUUUAAUAAAACUAUAUACCUAUUUGUUCUGCUUUUGCCUGACCAUUUCCUUAAUAAAUCAUUUCCCCUCA